GAAUGAAAUCAGACCUUUCUUCAAAUGACGUGAUUUCUCGAAUUAAUGCUAUAAUAGAACGAAAUCAGAUUUUUAGCGUUCAUGGAGAUUUAAUUCAUGAAAAAGCACUUAACCUAUUUAAAUAUAUUGAUAACAAUUGGGACGAGUUAACCAAUAAUAAUGAUCGUGGAUUUUUGAAUGUCGUUUUAAGGAAGGAAUGGAUCCCUACAUUUGACAUAUUUGGGAAAAAGGUUUUAUCGAAACCUCAAAACUGUUACUGUCAAAAGGAUAAAGAUUUAGUUUGUCUUGUUUUUCCAACGCUUGAAUAUAACGUUAAGAAUAAAAAGCUUUUGCAACAUUUGAAGUGGGAUGGAUAUCCAGAAGUUCAAAAAGUUCUAAAACAGUUGAAAAUAUGUUAUGAUGGUGUAACUACUAACAUGCCAUUACAUGAGAAUUUGGAAAAGAUAUGUAGCGCGAUUUACGUAUAUAUGAAUGAAGUCUUUCAAGCAAAUGAUUCAACUGUUGAGCAGGAUUUCGAAAUUAUAAAGAAAAUUUUGGAAAAUAAACCGUGGAUUUUAUGUGGUGAUACAUUCCGUCCGGCUAAUGAAGUUGUCUUUCGUCUUCUAUUUGAAUUUCAGAGUGAUAUUGUUGAACUUCCCGUGGAAUAUAAAGCCAAAUUUACGCCUUUAUUUAAAGCCAUGGGAGUUCGAAAUGAAAUUGGAAACAUGGAUUUAAUAUUGAUUAUUAAGAAUAUGGUGAAGGACAAUAGAGACAGAGUAUUCUCAGAAGACGAAAUAGAAAGGAUUAUUCAAAUUCUUAAAGAGAUAUUAAAAGAAGUUCCAAAUCCGGAAAAUUUGAAAGAAAUAUUAGUUCCAAAUACUGAAAAUAGGCUUGUGAAAUUGGAUCAAAUUCGAUUUAAUGAUUUAAAAGAUAGAAUUGACGAAAAUGAAAAAUGUAAACAUAUAAUUGCUCAUGAUCAUUUAACGGAGGAAAUUGCUAUAGGAUUAGAAAUCGAAACCUUAAUAGGAGAAAUAUUUGGCAAUAAUUCUGGAGACAUUAUACAAGAUGAGUUAUCGGCUACCAGAAUAAUAAGCAAUAUUAAGGACUACUCGCUAGACAAAUUGUUUAAAAUAUUUCUUCAGAAUGCAGAUGAAACCAAAGCUACACGGUUUUCAAUAAUAGUAGAUGAAAGAGAACAUAAUUCUUAUAAAAAAUCUUUACUAUCAAAAGAAAUAAAAGAUUGGCAAGGCCCUGCCAUAUGGAUAUACAAUGACAAAAACACAGACAUUCUUUCCUUGAGCGAACUUGGAUGUUUUAAUUGUGCUUUUAAUUUUACAGAUUUACCGAGCAUUGUAAGUGGAAAGUAUAUUGCAUUUUUUGAUCCAAAUGCCAAAUUUCUUCCAUCACCUAAAAGGAGUAGGGUUAUAAUCUUUGAUUUCAUUGAAACGGGAUUUAAGAAGAAACUUGCAGAUCAAUGCUAUCCUUAUGAAGCUAUUGAAGGGUGCGAUUUUGCAAAUGAAUUUAAGGGAACGUUAUUAAGACUUCCUCUUAGAACGCUUAGGCUGGCUGGUCAAAGUGAAAUUUCGGAUGAAAGUUUCAAAAUUGGAGACAUUUUGCGACAAUUUAUAAAUGUUCAGGGUAAUAAGGAGAUGCUCUUUUUGAGAUAUAUAGAAUCAUGUAAUCUGUAUAAUAUAAAAGAACAACAAGAAGCUCCUCAAAUGCUAUGGCAAGCGCAAAUUAAUCAUAUGCUGGAUAAUGUUAAUACCAAUCAUAAUCGCAACAUUCGUAAAAAUGUAACGGAUAAUGCGCAAAUAUAUCAAUUUGGCAUUGAAAUUAAUAAAAUCCAUAACGAGAGAGUUUCCGAAAUAUGGCUAUUGUGCACAGGAGGACAUAGAAAUAUCAACUCGGAAGAACUUAGAACAUUUUCAAGAGACAAACGGCUCAAGCCAAUAGGAGGAGUUGCUUCAUUGCUUGCUCGAUCUAGCGAACAUUCUUUGGAUGAACUAAAAGAUGAAUCAUUUCCAAAUCCUCCUAAAAUUCAAGGCGAAAUGUUUUCAUGUUAUUCUCUAUCAAUAAGUACCAAAUUAGGAGUCCACUUAAAUGGAAACUUUUCUUUAUUUAGUGAAAGAAGCAAUAUCCUAAAUUCUGAAAGUAUUUUCCCGAGAGUCGAUGCAAAAUGGAAUCGAUAUAUCCUAUAUGAUGUUUUGCCUGAUUUGCAUGUUAAACUGCUUGAUAAUAUCGUAAAACUUGAAGAAAUUAGACAUAACAGAGAUAGUAUAAAUUUCAUUCCACAUACCUUAAAUAACCUUUGGCCAAUUAUUAAUAACUCAACUAUGGAAAUGUACAAAGAUUAUGGGUUAAAAGUUAUUAUAAAACUAGGCAUUAAUGGACAUAAAAUAUUCUGGACUAAAGCUAAUGAUGGACGAUUCGUUUCGUUACAAACAGCUAGACUUAUUGAGGGAAAUGGAAUAAUUAUUGCAGACAUAUUGGCUCAAUUAGGAAUUCAAGCAGUAAUAUGUGAUAUUGUCAAACUUAAACAACUUGAAAAUGCUAGAUUUCAAAAUACAAAUUUGAUGUAUACAUCUCUUAGCGGAAACUUGGUUUGCGAAGAAUUAAAAGAAUUUGUUAUUUAUGAUGAUAUUAUUGAUUACAAUUCAUCACUUAAAUUGCUUAAUUAUAUUCUUCAAGAUAAGAGUUCAUUUGGAAAUCUGACUGGAUUACCAUUAGUUCCAUUAAACAAUGGUUCUGUUGGAAAUUUUGGUGAAAUUUUUUACAUUGGUAGUCAAAAACAUCUAGAUUUGUUCCCAAAUUUUGGCCCAUCCAGGAUUAUCUCCGUUAAUUUGCCAAGAAAUCUGUUUGAUAUCUUUAUCGAUGAUGAGUUCUCUGAAAAAACAGGAAUCAAAAAGUUUGGCGCUGCUGCCAUUUUCGACCUUUUAAUUGACGAAUUACCUGAAUUAGCAUUUUCUGAGGAAUAUGAAUGGGAUCCUAAUGGAAAAUUGAUACCAAAUAAUCGUUGGCUUGAACAAAUUUGGUCAAUUCUUAUUGAUGAUGCAGAAAUGUCAGAUUUUACAAAACUUUCUGAUUUUCCUCUGUUACCAAUGACUGCACCUUCCAUUAUGCUUGUUCGACCUGAUAUAAAAAAUCCACUUUUAUAUGACAAUGAACAUAAUUUAUUUUCAACUUUAGUCAAGCUAAAAAUACGGUUUACAAAUAUGAGAUUUUCCGAAUCCGCUAAUGAAAACCUUAAGCAAUGUGUUGUGCAAUGUACUCCUAUAAAUAUAAUUAAUUCCUUGGAGCAAACGCGUUCUUCAACUAUGAAGGAAUUAUUUGAAUCUAGUGAUCUAUCACCUGAAGAUUAUGAAAUGCUUAGAACAUUUAUUAAAGCUAAACUUGAAGUUUUAACAGGAAAUCAAGAAGAUUUUAUGGAUAUUCUUCGCUCUUUACCAAUAUGGCCAAUACACUCUAAUGAAGGCGUGUUCAUUGAUGUCAAUUCCGGAACACUUUAUCCAUCUAAACUUUCAUAUUUUAAAUUUCACGAAAAUACUGAUUUCUAUAAAUGUGAUCAUGAAUCUGAUUUCAAUGCACUUACUAGGUUAGGUGCCAGUUCUGUAAAUGUAUUGGAAUAUGUUAAAGAUCCUUUAUUAAUAAUUUAUACGAGGUCUUCAAGUCCUUUUCAUGAUUACAUCCCUUUCUUGCAGAGUGUUUUACGUUUAGAAAUUCCGGAAAUUGAACAAUAUCUUAAAGAUAAACAAGUAGUACCUAAAAAUUCACUAAGUGGUUUUGUAAGUGCCAAUGAAUUAUAUGACAUGAACGUACGCUUAUUUCGUAUUAUUUUUGCAGAAAGCGACAAAAUUUUACCAUUGGAAUUACAAAAUGAUCCUGUUUGUUUAAGAGCUCUUGUAAGAAUUGGUCUUAAGAGUCGAGUGGAUUGUUAUACAUAUAUUGAAUGCGCACAAUAUAUUAAUUUGCAGAUCGAAGAUAAUGGAGAUUCAGUUAGAAAUCAAGCUAGAUAUUUGGUACAAUAUUUAUAUGAAAAUGUCGAUACUUUGAACUUCAACGAUGAACAAUGGAAAAGAAUCAAAUUUGUUCCAUCGGAAAAGGAUUUGGGUCAAUUCUAUAAGGAAUCGAAAGAAACUUCGGGGUUUGAAACUUUUGAAUCGAUUUGUAUCAAGAAACAUAAAGAUGUAUGUUGGACUCAAUGCCCGUUAUAUGCUGAAGAUAUUGAGCUUCCUUUAUCAAUUGGAAUUCCAUCUACAGAUGAUAUUAUUGAACAUUGGUUUACUGUUGUUGAAAAAAUAGGACUUUGGGGAGCUUCUGAUGGUACUCGGUUAAAAGAGGUAAUCAAUGCAAUUUAUAACAUAAUGAACGAACGUUCACAAGAUGCAAGUAAUAGGGAGAUCAUAUCAAAGAUUAAGGGACAGAAAUUAUUCUUGAAUGGAACAGAUCCUUUUAAUAUGAAUAAUUGGAAAGCAGGGUGUGAGCUUAUAUUUGGUUCACAAGACGAUACCCAAAGAGGAUUAUUUAAAGUUAAAGGGGUAUUAAAGUCUUACAAGGAUUUGUUGAAACUUGCUGACGUUAUUGAUCCAGAAGAUCCAACAAUAAAUGAUUACUUGGACAUGUCAGAUGAACAAAAUGAUCAAAAAGACAAAUUAUUAAGGGGUUUACUAGUUAAACUUAUAAGUGACGAGGAUCAUGAUGUCACUUUUAUCGUUGGUGGAGAAAGGAUUGGUGCUAAUAGACAUGUGCUUUCGGCUGCCUCAGCACAUUUUAGAAAUAUACCAUCAGAACACAAUGUUCCCAUAAAUGAUAUUCAACCAGAUACAUUCAAAGUAUUUCUUCGAUGGUUAUAUGGGCAAUCUUUUGAAGAUGCGAAAACGUCUGUUUUACGAACUCGAGAAGACUUUACAAUGGAUCUAGAAUAUGAAACAUACUAUUUAUACUUUUUUGUUCAUCUGUUAGAAAUAACUUAUAUUUAUGACGAUGUUAGGAUACUUAAAGGAAUAGUUGAAGAUACUAUUAAUUAG